AUGUCAAGUAAGGAAAAUUUGGCAAACCAAGAGCCGGAUAAUGAGGCCACGAACUCUGGAGGUUUGCGAAGAAGAAACUUUGUUGAAUCCGCUCAGCAUAAAAUCGAGCAAGCCUCUCAACUUAUCAGAAGAAAAAUUCCAUAUUCGGGGCAUUUUCUUGCUCCAAAAAGACUAUGGUUAAAGCGAAUUUUCACACCUAAUUGCGAUGUCGUUAUUACUUUUCCACAUGGAGCUAAAGACUCCUUAUUAAUGUGGUUAUUGUCGAAGCUGAGGCAGUCUCCUGGUUUGACUGUCCAUGUUCGUCACCACAACUCUACCCAAUCCAGUGCUUUCUAUAUUACAGCUCCAUUUGUAGUCCUCCUCAGAGCAGCCGAAGAAUACCACCUUCCGAAAAUUCUCAAGGAAGACAAAGGCGGAGGCCUCAAAGAAUUUUGUGUACAAGAACUGUCUUCCUAUGAAAACUCCCACGAUGAAAAGAUAUUUUUUACCACCGAGGAAAGACAGUGGCUGCUGCUGCACAUUCUUGAAAGUAUCAGAGCUAAGCCUGCCGAUUUGGAAGUCAUACCGGGCGUUUCUUUGAUCGAGGGACAAGCUAUAAUUCCAAAAUGUCUUACUGAAGGCAUCGUGAGUCAAGUUUUUCCUUUACAUGAACCAGGAGCUUUGGAAAAACUUCAAAAUUCAUGGGUUCGAGAUAUUUUUGCAAAGCAGCCUUUAGAUGAAAUAACAGAAUAUUUCGGAGUAAAAAUAGGGAUGUAUUUCGCUUGGUUGGGGCAUUACACCACUGCUCUAAGUAUUCCAGCAAUUUUUGGUUUCAUUUUUUGGUUAUGUUGCAACGGAAAACAUCAAACAUUGGAAGACGUGGGUUAUGUAAUGUUUUCAAUUUUCAACGUAGUGUGGGUAACCACGUACUUGCAAGCUUGGAAACGUUACUCGGCUGAACUGGCAUUCCGUUGGGGCACUUUAGAUCAGAGAGACAAUCUUUUGGCCGAACCGAGGCCUUUAUUUAGGGGUCCUCUAGAACGCAGUCCUGUCACCAAAAGACUGGAACCGUACCAUCCGCCGUGGAAAAGGCACAUUUUCCGAUAUUUCAUAUCGGUGCCGAUCAUAACCGUUUGUCUGAUUGCUGUAUUUUGUAUUAUGAUCGUUUCCUUGCAAAUCCAGGAUUAUUGGGACAACUUUUUGAGAAAUCACGGUUUACCUCACUGGUUAGGAUAUUUCCCUAAAAUUGGACUGGCAGUUAUAAUAUCUUUAAUGGACGAAGCCUAUUUUAAAAUCGCUAUUUGGUUAAACGAUAAAGAAAAUUACCGUCUUGAGACCAAAUACGAAAAUCAUCUCAUCGGAAAAGUUGCUCUGUUUCAAUUCGUAAACUCGUUUCUAUCGCUCUUUUACAUCGCCUUCUAUCUACAAGAUCAGGCGCGUCUAAAAGAGCAACUAGCAGCUCUUCUGAUAGCGCGUCAAGUGAUCGGAAAUCUCAAAGAAUCGGCCGUGCCGUACAUGUUGGAACACAUGCGUUUGGCUAAAAUGAGUUUCGAUAUGUGGGGCGCUUUGAGCCCGUUGAACAGUAAAUCUCCUCCGGGUACCGAAGAAACACCCACGGAAAAUGAAGAGAACGAAACUAAAGACGAUAAUGCUGAACAGUUGAAUACUAAGAGAACCAUGAGUCAGGCUGAGCUGGAAAGUACUUUAUAUAAAUACGAUGGUACUUUUGCUGAUCAUUUAGAAAUGACAAUACAAUUAGGUUACGUCAUACUGUUUUCUUCUGCUUUCCCGCCGGCAGCUUUGUGCGCUAUGCUCAACAAUCUGAUAGAGAUCAGAAGCGACGCUUUCAAACUGGCCUAUGUUUGUCAGAGACCGUUUGGACAACGCGUACCUAAUAUCGGAACCUGGCAGAAUUGUAUGGAACACAUGAGCAUAAUGGCCGUAUUGGUAAACUGCGCCCUAAUAGGGCUUUCUGGGCAAGUCCAUCGAAUGUUUUCGGACAUGACAGCUACUCAAACUAUCCUUUUAAUUGUCGCAUUAGAGCAUAUCAUGUUGGUUAUUAGAUUUAUAAUAACUUGCGCAAUACCAGACAUUCCCGGUUGGUUGGCCACCGAAAUGGCGAAAAUAGAAUGGGCCCGAAGAGAGGCUAGUAGGAUUACAACGAAUACACCGUCGCCUGAAGAACUUAGCUCGAAACUUAUAGGAAGAUUUUCUGUAUCUCCCAUCCAUUCUCUAUCGCAGAGUUCUGAAAGCAUGAAAAAAUCCAUGGAGAAACUGAAACAGUACGAUUUGGAACUAUCGAAAGAGGUAACCCCAGUUCUUACCCCAACAACGCCAGGUACUUCAUCGUCCAACGCUUCAUCCGGCCAAAAUCACAAAAAUACCGGAGGCGUUACUAUCGACAGCAUCCAGGCAAUACCGCCGUUCAAACCCAGGAAGUCUAAGGAAUGGACGUUACCAGCAGAGGGCGAAUCCACCCAUCACUUAACCAUCGGUCCCGGAGGCAUUGAAUGGGCUCGAAGACUGAAAGAAGACACAGAGGUGCACAGGAGUACAGACUGCAUUGCUCCAAAGGACGCUUCCAGUUCAGAUUCGGAUCUAUUGAAAAACAGCCCCCAUUGGCCUCCCAGACCGAGAACACCGCCUCAAAUACCGGCUAGGGCGAGACCUCUAGUCCCCCAGGACCCGUCGCUGAGCGACAGCGCCAAAAGCGUUGCUAGCCAGGAGGCUGCCGAAGAGGCGGCCAAAAUAGCUGCCGCGGAAGAGUUGGCGGCUAAGAAGACGCGUGUGAAACAGAGUUUGAUGAAAAGAGCACGGUCUGUGGCUAUAUUUUCUCUAAAAUUGAAGGAACGUCGCGCUAGGGAAGCCGCAGAAAAGGGAUUGAAGCCCGUAACUCCUACUGCUCCUCUUCCGCCUCCUCAACAGGGUGGGGAACUGUCUUGUAUUCCUAUAGAAAAGCUCAUCCAACUGGAGGACCUGCAGUGCAUCCAAAGGCCUAAUAAUCAAACGGGUGCUUUGUAG